AUGAAAGAGCAAAAUUCAAAUGAUAAGAUUCAGAAUGCAAAUGAAACAACAAGAGGAACACUUACACAUCAUAGACGUGUUGUAGAAAAGGGAAGAAAAUGGCAAAUUGAUGUAUCAAAUGAAUCAAAUCGGUUAAAUAUUCCACAAGGUGUACAAGCAUUCCGAGUUAGUAUUGAAGAUAGUAUACUGAUGAAAAAAACCAGGAACAUUCUAAAAACUCUUGAAAAGAGGCCAUCAAAGCACAGAGUUAAGAUCACGGAACACGAACUCAUCAAUCAUCUUUUAAGGUUAUUGGAUGUUAACAGGAAUUGUUCAUUUUUGAUACCAAAAUCAUGUGGGCGUUAUGAAUUGGAUGACAGUUAUUAUCUCAGCGAUGGAAUUCUAAAACAAACUGAAAUUGCUACCUAUGUAGAGCCAUUUCUGGAAGCACAUACUCAACUCAUAGCAUUGAUAGCUUUCAGUCACAAGAAUCAAGUUAAUUCGCAGAUUGAACAAGUUCUUCAGGAAUUUGUUCUUGAUUUUUUAAGUAGGCACACUCGAGCUGUUGGACAACUUUACAAUAACGAUAUGUUAAAUUUACGUACUCUUUUGCAUUCAAUUCGUAAAGAACUCCUGGAACUUUCUAUUGUAUAUAAUAGCUUAUCGGUGAUUAUCACUGCCGACAUUUGGAAUUAUGGAACUGUCGAUUGCUUUCUAGAUCGUUUUCUGGCCACAACUCUUUAUGCAGAGUUGAGACCGCUUUCUGUGAAACAAGUUAUUGGACGGCUGCAAUAUGUUAUUUUAGCAAUUUUCGAGCGAUAUUUUGAUCGUUUAUUCAGUACAGGUGAAAUUGAUCCCGUGCUUGAAAACGAAUUUAUUUUUCAGAGUGUAAAUGAUAAUGCAGUAAUUCAAGCAAGGCGAACACGUUGCUUAUUUUGGUCUAAACUUCUAAUCAAAUAUGUAGAAAAUGGUGCUUUAAAUGCUCGCCGUUUACGUGCUGGCAGCUAUGAUUAUGAAGCACCUAAUAAAUUUUCGGUCUACUUGAGAAAAGCUCUACAACUGAAAGAUGAUUGUUCUUUUAUUAGUGCACAAAAAAUUAUACGAAGUAUGGAAUAUGCAUGUGAAAGAUGUGCCAAAAAUAACUCUUCUCUUCUUUUUCGUUGUGUGUUAGAAAAUAAUACAUUGUCUCAAGUCUUAAAAGAGAUUGAAUCAGUUUAUACGGGUUUUGCGGUGCGUGAAAUGGCAUUUGAUCUAUUUGGAGCAACGCGUACUUCACCGCAUUUCAAUGUAGUAAUGUCAUUUCAAAAUAGCUUGCUGCUCUCUGGUUUUCCACUUGAAAUUCUCGAUAGAUGGGAUGUUUGUUGUACAAGUGGUCUUCUGGAUGAUAUAGUAAUAACACCAAAGCUUUCUUGGCCAAUGUGUUAUUUAAUAGAAGACAAGCUUAUUUCCACUCUUAAUCUCUGUCUUCGUUUCUUGUUACGACUGUUACAAGCACAAGAGGCUUUAUCAGCAGUUCGAAUUGAUUUAGCUGCAACGAAAGAACUUAGCAUUAGUCGACAAAGGCUCAAUCAUUUGAUUUGUUUUAUCGCACAACCAUUAACUGCAAUAUCUGAAAUUUUUUUCACUCAUUUGCAAGCUAUGUUGACGAAAAAAUUUGCAUUGGUAGCAGGGUCGAAAACUUUGGAUGAAGCGCAACGUAUUCUAGAAGAUCUGAAUAUACAUCUCACUAAUUUAAUAACAAAAAGUGGUACCCGUGCUUUGAUUCAUGAUGCUAUAACAAAACUGUGCGAUCGAGCAACAGAAGUUGAAUUACGUUUUCGAAUGGAUAUUGUUAGUGUACGUGAUGUUGAGGAAAUGUUAAAAGUUGUGAGACGAGAAAAAGAUUUAUUAGUUGGCUUAGGUCGUUCGAUGCAUGGUACCAUAUUUAAUUUACUUCAGCCAUUGCUCAUCUAA